UUUUCGUGCCCUAAUGGCGAUGGCGGUCUUUCUGGCGCUGUGCGUGUUCGCGAUUGGGUUCUUCGCGGCCAGGGGCGAGGAGAGAUAUGUGAUUGACGGGACGAUCAGAUUGCAAGAUCUUCAAUUGAAGCCUGCCAGUGUCAAGCUCUUGCUGAAUGGAGGGGAGAAAAUCACUUUCCCACUCAAGAAUGGCUAUUUCGCUUUUCAAGGGAUUCCGGCAGGCACACAUCUGAUCGAAGUCUCUGCGCCUGGAUUUUUUUUUUCACCGCUCCGGGUUGACGUGAGUGCAAGACUGCACGGGCAAGUGAGAGCAAGUCUGGUCGAGACCGGAAGAGUUCUCUCCGGUAACUUGGUGCUCGAGCCAAUGAGACAGGAGCAAUACUUCGAGAAGCGUGAGCCGUUUUCAGUCCUUGGCUUGUUGAAGAGUCCCAUGGGAUUGAUGGUGGCUUUUAUGCUGAUCGCCGUUGUCGUCCUUCCCAAACUUAUGGACAACAUAGAUCCGGAGGAAAUGAAAAAGAUACAGGAGGAAAUGCGCAAUCGCCCAUCCCCGUCAUUUUCAAAUCUUUUACAAGGGGCCCGGAGCUAGCCAUGUAGGAGAGCAAAGUCACAAGCUAGAAAAGCGAGAACUUGAUUGAUUGAAGGUAGCCACCUUAAAAGCGAGAAUGAGUCUCGUUUAUUCGAUCUCGGGUUCACCAAACCGGUUGUCCGAGUUUGGUGUUUUGGUCGUAGCAUUUAAACCGGACAUGUGACCGCGCACCUCACUGCCGGAGAGCAUAUUCUUUUACAGGGCGGUGAUGCCUUGUUCG